AUGGCGGACCCGGUCAUUGAAAGUGAAACCUCCAAGAGGCCUUCGCGGUCAUUCCGCUCGUUCAUCUGGGACACGGACACGCAUCUCAAGAGCCACGAAGAGCGCGUGCUGCUUCGGAAGUUGGACUGGUCCAUCCUCACGAUAGGAUGCCUGGGGUUCUUCAUGAAGUAUCUGGACCAGGGAAAUCUUGCAAACGCCUAUGUCUCGGGGAUGCAAGAAGAUCUGAGGAUGUUCGGGAACGAAUACACAUACGCCCAGAUGGCGUACACGUGCGCUUAUGCCGUAAUGCAAAUCCCCAGUACUCUCAUCGUCCAGAAGAUCCGACCGAGUAUCUGGCUGGCCGCCAUGGAGAUUUGCUGGGGAGUCUUCACCUUCGCGCAGGCCGGAACGCACAGUGUCGGACAGCUCUACGCGUUCCGGUUCUUCGUGGGAUUCUUCGAAAGCUCCUUCUUCCCCGUCUUGCUCUACGUCCUGGGCAGCUGGUACACCAAGACGGAGCUCGCCAAGAGAGUGGCCAUCUUCCACAUGACGGCGCCCGUGGGAUCCGCCUUCGGAGGGUAUCUCCAGGCGGCCGUUUACACGAGCCUCGGCGGCGCGCAUGGACUCGCCGGUUGGCGUUGGCUGUACAUCAUCUGCGGCUGCAUGACGGUCCCAGUCGGUGUCGCUACCUACUUCGUCCUCCCCGACACGCCGUACACCACCAAGGCGAAGUUCCUCACCCCCAGAGAGUGCGAGCUGGCUAUUGAGCGUGUCACGAAGGCCGGAAAGGCAGCCCCUGCUGGGGUCACACUCGCAACUUUCAAGCGCGUGCUUCUGCAGUGGAGAUGGUACGCGUUCGUUGGAGGAUACGUGCUCUAUGGAUCCUCUUGCCAGGCUGCGGGCUACUUCGGUAUCUGGCUCAAGGCUGAGAAUUUCUCCGUCGUUGACAGAAACGUGAUCCCAACCGGCUCCAAACUCAUCAGUGCUUUCUGCGUGAUCAUGUGGGGGUUCCUCUCGGACUACACGGGCAGCCGCUUUGCGUUGAUCCUCGGCCCGUUGUUUUUGGGCCUGGUUCCAAACGGCAUACUCGCCUUUUGGCCCGCGGGAGUCCAGAUCAAACUAUUUGCCUUCUUGACCAGCAGCGUACACCUCAUGACUGCAGUCUUUUACACAUGGGCCAACGAAGUAUGCGCCGGCGAUAACGAGGAGCGCGCUUUGGUCAUCAGCAGCAUGAACGGCAUGCAAUAUGCCGUCGAUGCGUGGCUCCCGCUCGUCAUCUUUCCGCAAACCAUGGCUCCGACUUUCAGAUACGGAUUUCCGGCAACAUUCGGCUUCAUCAUUGUGGCGAUACUCGCGGUCACAGGUAUCCAUUUCUUGGUCUUGCGCGAGCAAAAGCGGAGCUCGGGAGAGCCCGAGACGGCCUUGGAGGCUGGCCCGAUAGAGUAUCAUCCCGAGGGAGCAGACAGCAUUGGCGAAAGCGACAAGGCUGAGAAGAAGUAG